GAGACUGUACUGUAGGCUGCCGGUAGCCAAUGCAAGAAACUUGGAAGCACGCACUGAGCGCAGCAUACAAAGUUGAGAGAUGGAUGUGGUCUCGUGGUUUAGCCAGGUCUCGGUGGUGGUAGGCGUUCUGGCCGUGUGCUGGACCGUGGUAUGGCAGAACCUGCAGCACAUCCACCUGCAGCAGUUCUUCGCGCGCAGCUUCAACCGUCGCGCGCGGCGGCUCGCCGCGGUGGUCGACCCUUACCUGUCGGUGACCUUCGAGGAGUACGAGGGCGGGCGCAUCAAGAGCAGCGACGCCUUCGACGAGAUCAAGUCCUACCUCACCACGGCGAGCACGCGCGACGUGCGCCACCUCAGGGCCGAGUCUGGCGGCGGCGGCCGCCGGGACGCCGCCGCCACCGACAGGGACAAGCUCGUGUUCAGCAUGGCCAAGGGCGAGGAGGUCGCCGACACAUUCCGGGGCGCCAUGGUCUGGUGGUCGGCCGCCGGCGUGCCGCCGCCCAGUGACACCGUGCCGUGGAGCCGUGCCUCACGCGCCGAGCGCCGGUUCUUCCGGCUCGAGUUCCACGAGGGCCACCGCGACCUGGUGCUCAACGAGUACCUCCCGUACGUGCGCAGGCAGGGCCGCGCCGUCAUGGCCAAGAACCGCCAGCGAAGACUCUACACGAACAUCCUCAGGGAAGGCUUUGACGACGGUUUCUACCGAGACGUUUGGACGCAUGUCCCGUUCGAGCACCCCAAGACGUUCGACAAGCUGGCCAUGGACCCGGCGAAGAAGAAGGACGUCAUCGACGACCUCGACAUGUUCAAGCAGAGCAAGGACUACUACAACCGCGUGGGGAAGCCGUGGAAGCGGGGGUAUCUCCUGUACGGGCCGCCGGGCACCGGCAAGUCCACCAUGGUCGCCGCGAUGGCCAACCACCUCGGGUACGACGUCUACGACUUCGAGCUCACGUCGGUGAAGACCAACACCGACCUCCGGAAGCUGCUCAUAGAGACCAAGAGCAAGUCCAUCAUGGUGUUCGAGGACAUCGACUGCUCGCUCCAAGUGACCGGCAAGCGCAAAAGCAAGGAGGAGGAGGAGGGUUCGAAAGACGGGAACGGGGACGACCCUUAUGCGGCGAAACAGAAGGAGGAGGAGGAGGACGCCAAGAGCAGCAGCAAGGUCACUCUGUCGGGCCUGCUCAACUUCAUCGACGGCAUCUGGUCGGCGUGCGGCGAGGAGCGGCUCGUCGUGUUCACCACCAACCACGUCGACAAGCUGGACCCGGCGCUGAUCCGGACGGGGCGGAUGGACAAAAAGAUCGAGAUGUCCUACUGCGACUUCGAGUCCUUCAAGUUCCUGGCCCGGAUGCACCUCCGCGACGACGUCGUCGAGGCACACGGGGCGCAGUGCGACCGUGUUAGGGCUUUGCUCCAGGAAGUGAACAUGGUGCCCGUCGACGUCGGCGAGCACCUCACGCCCAGGAGCCCCGACGAAUUCGAAGACGCUGGACCGUGCCUCGCGAGGCUGGUCACCGCGUUGGAGAAGGCCAAGAAGGAGGCUGCUAUACUACCGAAGCCACAGGCCCAACCGGAUGUCAGCGGCAUCGUUGUGGACGAUGAUAGUAAUAACUAGGGUCCGCUAGGGCUACUCCGAUGACCCCACCAUGUUGGUUCGAGCUGUUUACCUUUCUACAGUGCAUAUACACUUGUAAUAAUGUUAUUAUAUAUAAAUAAAGUAUAUUUGCUGUACCCA